ACAAUGUGCACAUUCAUUGACACGUCACUAGGUCAGACCUCUAAAGAUGGCGACCGCCUACGAGAAAUUCAACCUGCACACUACCCCAGAGAAGUUUUACGUUGAGGCUUGUGAUGACGGCUCCAAUGAUGUACUGUCCAUUGACAGGGUGUCCACAGAAAUGAUCCUCACCGUGAGGAAGGACAUUCCUCCCCAUGCGGUCACCAGGCCAAUAUGUGGGAUCAUGGGAACUAUCCGUCUGGUGGCAGGCACGUACCUCAUCGUUGUUACAAAGAAGAAAAAGGUGGGUGACCUGUUGGGCCAUGCUGUGUGGAAGGCUAUGGACUUUGACGUUAUCUCUUACAAGAAGACUGUGCUGCACCUGACAGACAACCAGAUGCAGGACAACAAAGCCUUCCUGUCCAUGAUCAACAGUGUUCUGCUCACAGACGGCUUCUACUUUGCUACAGACUAUGACCUGACCCACACUCUGCAGAGACUUGCCAACACCAGCCCUGAGUUCCAGGAGAUGAGCCUGCUGGAAAGGGCAGAUCAGCGGUUUGUGUGGAAUGGUCACCUGUUGAGAGAAUUCAUGCCACAGCCAGAGCUGCACAGGUUUGCUUUCCCAGUUGUCCACGGCUUCAUCAUUAUGAAGUCCUGCUGCAUCAAUGGGAAGAUCUUUGACUGGAACAUCAUCUCCAGGCGGAGCUGCUUCAGGGCUGGAGUACGUUACUACGUCAGAGGCAUUGACUCAGAGGGACAUGCAGCUAACUUUGUGGAGACAGAGCAGAUUGUCCAGUACAGCGGGGGCAAGGCCUCAUUCGUACAGACCCGAGGCUCCAUCCCCUUCUACUGGUCCCAAAGACCCAACCUCAAGUACAAACCAAAACCUCAGAUCAGCAAAACCAUUGACCAUCUGGAUGGCUUCCAAAGGCAUUUUGACUCGCAGAUCAUCAUUUAUGGAAAGCAAGUGAUUUUAAAUCUGAUCGACCAGAAAGGCUCAGAGAAACAAUUGGAACAGGCCUUUGACAAAAUGGUGUCCAGCUUGGGCAACGGCAUGGUCAAGUACAUAGCGUUUGACUUCCACAAGGAAUGCAGUCGGAUGAGGUGGCAUCGCCUGCAGAUCUUAGUCGAUAUGGUGGCAGAGAUGCAGGACGAGUAUGGGUACUUCCUGGUUGAUGUGGAUGGGAACGUUCUGGUGCAACAGGAAGGGAUGUUCCGCAGUAACUGCAUGGACUGUUUGGACCGUACCAACGUCAUCCAGAGUCUGCUGGCACGACGCUCACUGCAGUCACAGCUGGAGCGACUGGGAGUUCUCCACAUGGGCCAGAGGAUUGAAGAUCAGGCCGACUUCGAGAAGAUCUACAAAAAUGCGUGGGCAGACAAUGCCAAUGCGUGUGCCAAGCAGUAUGCUGGCACAGGGGCCUUGAAGACGGACUUCACAAGAACAGGGAAGAGGACACAAUGGGGGCUGGUGAUGGAUGGAUGGAACUCCAUGAUCAGAUACUACAAGAACAACUUCUCAGACGGCUUCAGACAGGACUCUAUUGAUCUGUUCCUUGGUAACUAUUCCAUUGAUGAGGCAGACAUGACCACACCCCUUCAUGAGACCAAAGACUGGAAGUUCCUCACGUUGCCCAUUAUCAUGGUUGUGGCAUUCUCCAUGUGUAUCAUCUGCCUCCUCAUGGCUGGUGACACGUGGACGGAGACCCUGGCGUAUGUGCUGUUCUGGGGCACAGCUAGCUUCGUGACGGCCGGCGUCAUCCUCUUCAACGGUCGGGAGUUUGUAGACUCGCCCAAGCUGGUCCAGAAGGAGAAGAUGGACUGAAUGUGUGCGUGUGGAAAGCAGCUACGCCCCACAGACUUCUCCUCUUCAUCUCACUCUUCUUCAUCAUCGUACCCUCAGGAUCAGCGGGCCUGGAGCCUGUACUGAUUACUGAGCCAACGGCAUGAGGAAGAGGAGGGUGGGGGUGGGGUGAGAGAAAGGCCAGGUGUAUGAUGUAGGGCUGUGAAGCAUACAGGGACUCGCUCUGCACUGGCCUGCUGCUGUCCACACCACUAAGCACAUUGUUUGGGCUGGGGCUGGGGAAGAUCCCUAACCUUGUCCAUAGACUGACUGUAUAGGCUGAAAACUGUCUGAUUUUAUGAUACAAUACCCCACUACGGUAACACAGUUACCCCGCUGCAAGGAAUGCAUAUGAACGGGCACUGCUGUUGUUGCCAUAGCAACCUUGCCAAGGGAACUACUUUUAAAAAAAAUCUUGCUUUUUUGUUGAUUUGUCACCUAGCUACAUCAUGUCAUAUUUGCUCUGUUGGUUGCCAUAUUGUUUCAGUGUCAUUGCCCCUUAGUGGUCGAUCUGAGCGUAGUGUCUUAGUGUGAUAGCUGACCUAUUGGGUGCCAGUGGCUGUCUGUCGGCCCAGCCCAAGCCAUGAUCCCAAAACUAGGUCACCAAUAGUCAUGGAGAGAAUGUGCUAGCUGGUCAAUUGUUGGUGAGGCAAUGUUCUAGCUGGCCAAUAGGCAGGAAGAGAAUGUGCUAGCUGGCCAGUGGUUGUUGAGAGAAUGUUCUAGCUAGCCAAUAGUUGGGGAGAGAAUGGGCUGAACUGUUUCAAUAGGGAACUUUAGUUAUGGUGUCCCAUCACCAUUAAUGCCAUAACUGCCCAUACUAUUCUCACUCACUGCACUUCUGAGUGCACAGAAACUAAGCGUUUCACAUGAGGAUUGCUUUGAGAGGUGACGAGAAGGAUGUUUGUCUGUGUGGUAUGUCUGGCUGUCAAGUCUUCCCAGGUAUGGAAAGCUUCAUGAAACAGCUGGAAAGACUAACAACCAAAAGGUGUGAGAGAGCAUCAAACUAUAUACUAUAGUGAGUAGGAUCUGUCUUUGACCAGUAGACUGUGAGGCCCAGACCUAGGCUAAUAAUGAAGCAUGGAUUUAAUGGUCCAAAGCAGCCAUUUCUAUCUCAAUAUCAAGUCAUUUCUGGGUAACAAUUAAGUAACUUACUGUUAUUGUUUUCAAUUAAAAUGGUUGUCUAGGAUUGUCUGGGAAUGGUUUUGGGGGAGGGGGAAACUGAACUAGCUGUUAUUGGCAGGGAUGUUUGGAAAUCUUUGUUAUUCAUCUUUUAACUAAUUUUUACCGUCUGGUGAUGUCACCAGCAGGUCAAAACUCCAUCCCACCAAAACAGCCUGAAAGGUCUUUUCAAAUACUAAGAGCAUUAUAAUUUUCACAGUAUUAUUUCCAACCUGGAAAUGUACACUGCUCAAAAAAAUAAAGGGAACACUAAAAUAACACAUCCUAGAUCUGAAUGAAUGAAAUAUUCUCAUUACAUACUUUUUUUCUUUACACAGUUGAAUGGGCUGACAACAAAAUCACACAAAUUAUCAAUUGAAAUCAAAUGUAUCAACCCAUGGAGGUCUGGAUUUGGAGUGACACUCAAAAUUGUGGAAAACCACACUACAGGCUGAUCCAACUUUGAUGUAAUGUCCUUAAAACAAGUCAAAAUGAGGCUCGGUAGUGUGUGUGGCCUCCACGUGCAUGUAUGACCUCCCUACAACGCCUGGGCAUGCUCCUGAUGAGGUGGCGGAUGGUCUCCUGAGGGAUCUCCUCCCAGACCUGGACUAAAGCACCUGCCAACUCCUGGACAGUCUGUGGUGCAACGUGGCGUUGUGGUGGAUGGAGCGAGACAUGAUGUCCCAGAUGUGCUCAAUUGGAUUCAGGUCUGGGGAACGGGCGGGCCAGUCCAUAGCAUCAAUGCCUUCCUCUUGCAGGAACUGUGACACACUCCAGCCACAUGAGGUCUAGCAUUGUCUUGCAUUAGGAGGAACCCAGGGCCAACCGCACCAGCAUAUGGUCUCACAAGGGGUCUGAGGAUCUCAUCUCGGUAUCUAAUGGCAGUCAGGCUACCUCUGGCGAGCACAUGGAGGGCUGCGUGGCCCCCCAAAGAAAUGCCACCCCACACCAUGACUGACCCACCGCCAUACCGGUCAUGCUGGAGGAUGUUGCAGGCAGCAGAACGUUCUCCACGGCAUCUCCAGACUCUGUCACGUCUGUCACGUGCUCAGUGUGAACCUGCUUUCAUCUGUGAAGAGCACAGGGCGCCAGUGGCGAAUUUGCCAAUCUUGGUGUUCUCUGGCAAAUGCCAAACGUCCUGCACGGUGUUGGGCUGUAAGCACAACCCCCACCUGUGGAUGUCGGGCCCUCAUACCACCCUCAUGGAGUCUGUUUCUGACUGUUUGAGCAGACACAUGCACAUUUGUGGCCUGUUGGAGGUUAUUUUGCAGGGCUCUGGCAGUGCUCCUCCUUGCACAAAGGCGGAAGUAGUGGUCCUGCUGCUGGGUUGUUGCCCUCCUCCGGCCUCCUUCACGUCUCCUGAUGUACUGGCCUGUCUCCUGGUAGCGCCUCCAUGGUCUGAACACUAUGCUGACAGACACAGCAAACCUUCUUGCCACAGCUCGCAUUGAUGUCCCAUCCUGGAUGAGCUGCACUAUCUGAGCCACUUGUGUGGGUUGUAGAUUCCGUCUCAUGCUACCACUAGAGUGAAUGCACUGCCAGCAUUCAAAAGUGACCAAAACAUCAGCCAGGAAGCAUAGGAACUGAGAAGUGGUCUGUGGUCACCACCUGCAGAACCACUCCUUUAUUGGGGGUGUCUUGCUAAUUGCCUAUCAUUUCUACCUGUUGUCUAUUCCAUUUGCACAACAGCAUGUGAAAUUUAUUGUGAAUCAGUGUUGCUUCCUCAGUGGACAGUUUGAUUUCACAGAAGUGUGAUUGACUUGGAGUUACAUUGUGUUGUUUAAGUGUUUCCUUUAUUUUUUUGAGCAGUGUAUAUAAAACACGGGAAAAUCUAGUUUUUGACUGAACUGGGCAUUUUAAACAAAGUCUCAUGGGACAUUGGCGAUUUUAAAUGCCACUUGUCCUCUAUGACGAUUUCUAAGUGUUUUAGUGUGUCUCUGGAUGGGAAUGUGAACUGUUGCUCUCUCUUACACAAUCUUUCUCUAUAUUAUUUAUCCUUUGAUUAUUGGCUGUUCUGUAGCACCAGCCCCAAGUCAAAUUCUGCUUCUUUAUAUUUAGUAGCAGGAUUGGGUCCAAUUCCAUUUGAAUUCAGUCAAUUUAGGAAUUAAGUUCCAAUUCACAACAUUCUCAUUGAAAAGCAUUGAGGUCAUGUUUAAUUGGAAUGGGAAUGUCAGUUUACCUCCUGAAUUGAAAUGAAAUUGAGCCCAACCCUGGUGUAUAGUGUACAUAAUCAUUACAGGAUCACACUUACCUUACCUGCUGCCAGAGUGGCACCUGCUGAUCUGAGAAUGUUAAGAAAAAAGUAUGUAAUAUAUAUAUAUAUAUAUAUGUAUGUCCUAUAACUUUAAAUGUAGUGGUCCAAUAAUACAUUGGUGUAUGGUUACUAUGAUAAAGCAUAACCCAAGGUACACAUCGGCUUUGGACAACAGUGCAUUAGUAGUUUAUGUGUCGGGGGGGCUAGGGUCAGUUUGUUAUAUCUGGAGUACUUCUGUCCUAUUCGGUGUCCUGUGUGAAUCUAAGUGUGCGUUCUCUAAUUCUCUCCUUCUCUCUUUCUUUCUCUCUCUCGGAGGACCUGAGCCCUAGGACCAUGCCCCAGGACUACCUGACAUGAUGACUCCUUGCUGUCCCCAGUCCACCUGGCCGUGCUGCUGCUCCAGUUUCAACUUCCACCUGACCGUGCUGCUGCUCCAGUUUCAACUGUUCUACCUUAUUAUUAUUCGACCAUGCUGGUAAUUUAUGAACAUUUGAACAUCUUGGCCAUGUUCUGUUAUAAUCUCCACCCGGCACAGCCAGAAGAGGACUGGCCACCCCACAUAGCCUGGUUCCACUCUAGGUUUCUUCCUAGGUUUUGGCCUUUCUAGGGAGUUUUUCCUAGCCACCUGCUUCUACACCUGCAUUGCUUGCUGUUUGGGGUUUUAGGCUGGGUUUCUGUACAGCACUUUGAGAUAUCAGCUGAUGUAUGAAGGGCUAUAUAAAUCAAUUUGAUUUGAUUUUGGAACUAGAUGUUCAUACUAUAGUUUGAGGACGUGCAUGUCCAGCCUGCUUUAGCUGUAAUUCCUAUCAUCUAUAUUAAGGUUUGUUUUAGAGUGAACAUUGUGGAAGAAAUAACAAUAGGGUAUUUCUGAUUUAAAUUUUUAAUCCAUUUGAAAACAUUUCUAAAAAGCUGUUUUCGCUUUGUCAUUAUGGGGUGAUGUGUGCAGAUUGAUGAGGGGAAAAAAUGUAUUUAUUUAAUCAUUUUAGAAUAAUGCUGUAAUGUAACAAAAUGUGGAAAAAGGGAAGGGGUCUGAAUCCUUUCUGAAUGCACUGUAGACCAAGGUUAGUUUUAGAGCUAAAAUGGUUUGGAAGAAAUGGUUUUUGAGCCCUGUUUAUACCUGGUUUAUUCCUGUCUCCUGAUCUUGUGCACAUUCUGAGUUUGCCCACAUUUUCAGUAAUCUGUCUUCACAUGGUAUUAAAAUGUGUCUCUUAUCCA